AUGCUAAUAAUGAUUAUCAUUAUUUAUAGGGUAAACGGGGCAGUAAUCCAAGGGUUUGAGGAUGAUGUUGGGACAAAGACGUCUUUCUACGGCUUCACCACCGACUCUCUCAAGAACUCAUUAAUUGAUUAUCACCAAGACGGCUUCGACAAAGUGCCACGUGAUCCGGGCAUUGGAUAUAUUUUUAUCCCUGCCGAAAUUCGUGCCUAUUUGAUGCUGGCAGCUGCCAUCCAGGGUGUGUCUGUACCCUCAGGACCUGAUAAAGGUGACAGGGCCUCAGAACUUUUCGGAUAUAAUCCUGAAACACAUCAGUUCAAGAUGAUCCAUCCAUCCUUCAUUCAGUAUGUGACUCAAAGGUUCCUAAAAUCUCCACAGCUGGAGCAAUAUAGAAAUUUGUACAUACCCAGCUCAGGUGCACUGAUGCUUUUGGUUGCUUUACACACUUGUGACCAGGUCUCUGCAUAUGGCUUUAUGACAGAAAAUUACAAAGACUUCUCAUGCCAUUACUAUGACAAGGUGAAGAAGCCUCUGGUCUCCUAUACUAACCAUGACAUGGAGAUGGAGGGACGUCUGUGGAAGCAGCUGCACUCUCAGAAAGUCUUGUGGCUAUAUCAGAGACAAAAAAAAUGACAUAAUGUCAAGUCAGUGAAUCUUGGGACAUCUUACUGACAAGUAACUGCAUAAUGAAAUUGUCAAAGCAGUAUUUUGUUCUGGUGUGCUGUGAUUCUCGUGCAACCUUUAUAGGAAACAUCAUUGAAAAUGUUAUUUUUAAUAAGUUAAAUGAAUUAUUUAACCCUCAGGUUGUGUUCGGGUCAUUUUGACCCAGAGAGAAUUUUCUUACUCCCGAAAAUGUUGCUUAAUGUUAUCGCAUUGGACUAAGAUUUACUGACUUUGUUUACACAGGGUAUAACUACUUCCACUGCAAAAAUUGUUAAUUUUCGUUAAACAUUUUUUUCAAGAUUGUUACAGUUGAGGUGUUCCCGGUCAAAAAUGACCAGCCUACAAAAAAUAGCCUAUAAGUUUCUUGUUAUACAAUAUUAUCACCUAAUAUUGGUGUCAAUCUUUUUGCUAGCUUGUUUUCUUUUAAUUAGGACUUGUUUUGUGUUUAUUUUUGGAACUGAUUUAUCGUAGGCCUUGUUGGUCUGAGCUUAGGUACCUCAGUUGUUGAGUGAAAAAUAUAUUAUUUGUGGAUAAUUUUGUCAAUAUUGAAUAAAAUCUGAAACAAAUUGCACUGUUUAUCA